CAAAGGUGCCAUCACAUCUUCUUCUUAUAUUUCUAUAACUCCCCAAACCCCACUUUUAACACAUAAUUAUGAAGAUCCAAUGCGAUGUUUGUCACAAAUCCGAAGCAGUCGUUUACUGCACUGCCGACGAGGCAUCUCUUUGCAACGCUUGUGACCACCGUGUUCACCAUGCUAAUAAACUUGCUAGCAAACAUCCUCGUUUCUCUUUACUCAAUCCUUCUUUUAAAGACUCCCCUCGUUGCGAUAUUUGUCAGGAGAGGAGAGCUUUUUUGUUUUGCAAAGAAGACCGGGCGAUUUUAUGUAGAGAAUGUGACAUUCCAAUACACACGGCAAACGAACACACACAAAAACACACUCGGUUUCUUCUCACGGGCGUGAAGCUCUCGACAUCAUUAUCUUGUUAUGAUAAUUCUUCAUUUCAACAAACCCCUUGUUCAUCAAACUCAAACUGUUCUAUUGAAAAUGAUAGUACAAAAGGUAUUGGGGCUAGGAAUUAUCAAAGGGGAGCUUCAAUUAGUCCUAAUGAUUCGAAUUGUAGUAUGAGCGGCCAUGACCAUGAAGAAGGUGGCAGGAGUAUUUCCGAGUAUUUGAUGGAAACACCCGGAUGGCAUCUUGAUGAAUUUCUUGAUGAUCCUUAUGGUUUUGGUUUAUAACAAGCAUGCAUAUUGAUGUUGCCAUUUAUGACAUAUAUAUGAUCCUGACAGCCACGCCAAAAUUUGGGUUGUUAAUGGUCACAUGAAAUGAGCCUUUUGUGUAAAUUCCUUAUUUUAGAAGAUACUUGCCGAAGGGAGUCGUCAAUAAUAAGUUCAACCGUUCGUCGAUACAGAUCCGUGAAGAUCAAAAUAAGAGUUUAUUUUUCUCAUUUAAUCUUCAUCCAUCUAAGAGAGCAACAUUAACCAUAACCCAUCAUGUACACAAGUACAUUGUAAAAUUCUCACUUUUUGCCCUUUUGGGUUCUGUUCUGUUUAUGGGCCGGUGGAUUCCUUUUGUUUUUUCUUGAGUAGUUGGGUCAUGGGUUACUUGCUUGGUUUGGGGAUUUUUGUGUUCUUCAAUUACUUUUUCCUUUGUAUUUUUUUUUUUUUUUUGUUCCGUCAAGGAAUAAAUUUAAGUAUUGCUAAAGUAGUGACUAUGCAAGUUUGAAA